AUCUCUGUAUCUGUAGUACUUGCGGUGGAGAAAAAGCUCCUCUCCCACUGGCUGCUAUGACCUAACCAGCUACCGGACGGCACUCUCCUGCUCUCGCCGCUGACCGCUGCGUCUCAAAUAGUUUUUUUUUAUCCAGUGCGUUUUUUGGGGGGGCAGCUCACACAUUCAGCAUACAGUCGUUUAUGGUACCACUGUCGCGACUUUUUACCCGUAGCUGCUGGCCCUCUGAGGCUAGCUGGCUAGCAGAGCAGUGACAAGAGUGGAGCCAGCUGGUCGGGACCGAGGCGCACAGUAACGUUAGCAAACAAGCUAAUUAGCCAGAAAGACUCUGGAUUAUUGUCUUUAACCAAGAGAGAGAGAGAGAGAGAGAGACAGAGCAGGUCUGCGGGGUCACUCACUGCGGCAAAAUGAAGAUAACUGUGGAUUUCGAGGAGUGUUUGAAGGACUCCCCGCGGUUCAGAGCCACCAUAGAGGAAGUGGAGGGGGAUGUGUGCGAGUUGGAAUCCAAACUCGACAAAUUGGUGAAGUUGUGCAUUGGGAUGAUUGAUGCUGGAAAAGCCUACAAUGCAGCCAACAAGCAGUUUGUUAAUGGGAUCCGGGAGCUAGCCCAACAGUCCACCAGAGAUGAGGUCAUCGAGUCCAGCCUCACAAAGUUUGCUGAGAGCCUGCAGGAGAUGAUCAACUAUCACACGAUAUUAUUCGAUCAGGCCCAGAGAUCAAUCAAGACCCAACUUCAAACAUUUGUCAAAGAUGACUUACGUAAGUUCAAAGAAGCCAAGAAGCAAUUUGAUAAAGUGAGCGAGGAGAAGGAGGCGGCGCUCAUCAAGAAUGCCCAGGCACCCCGCAACAAGCAGCAUGAGGUGGAGGAGGCCACCAACAUCCUCACUGCCACACGCAAGUGCUUCCGACACAUCGUCCUUGACUACGUCCUACAGAUCAAUGUGCUACAGUCCAAGAGAAGAUCAGAAAUCCUGAAAUCGAUGCUGUCCUUCAUGUAUGCCCACCUGACGUUCUUCCACCAAGGAUAUGACCUCUUCAGUGAACUACAACCUCUUAUGAAACAGCUUGGAGGACAGUUGGACCAGCUGGUGGUGGAUGCUGCCAAAGAGAAGAGAGACAUGGAGCAGAAACACUCCACCAUCCAGCAAAAGGAUUUCUCGAAUGACGACACCAAGCUGGAGUACAAUGUGGAUGCAGACAACGGCAUCGCCAUGGAGGGUUAUCUCUUUAAGAGGGCCAGCAAUGCCUUCAAGACGUGGAAUAGGCGUUGGUUCUCCAUCCAAAACAAUCAGCUAGUUUACCAGAAGAAAUUUAAGGACAACCCUACAGUGGUGGUAGAGGACCUUAGGCUAUGUACAGUCAAACACUGUGAAGACAUAGAGCGUCGCUUCUGUUUCGAAGUGGUGUCACCCACCAAGAGCUGUAUGAUGCAGGCAGACUCAGAGAAGCUGCGACAGGCCUGGAUCAAAGCCGUCCAAAACAGCAUCGCCACCGCCUUCCGCGACAAGGGAGAUGAUGGCGAGAAGCUGGACAGGAAGUCGUCCACGUCGACGGGAAGUCUGGACUCUGGUGGAGAGCUGAAGGAGAGGUCACUGAAAGGAGAGAGUGCCCUGCAGAAGGUCCUGGCCAUCCCGGGUAAUGCCUGUUGCUGCGACUGCGGCCAACCAGAUCCUCGCUGGGCCAGCAUCAAUCUGGGCAUCACCCUUUGUAUACAGUGCUCUGGCAUUCACAGGAGCCUUGGGGUGCAUUUCUCUAAGGUUCGGUCUCUGACUUUGGAUACAUGGGAACCAGAGCUACUUAAGUUGAUGUGUGAACUGGGGAACGGAGUGAUCAACCAGAUCUAUGAGGCUCGGCGAGAGGAGCUAGGAGCCAGAAAACCACAGCCAGGAGACCCGAGACAUGAGGUAGAGGCCUACAUCAAAGCCAAAUACGUGGACCGUCGGUUUGUUCGCCAGCCGUCAGAUGAAGAGCUUCGCAACAAAGUGGUUUCACUGAGCAAACAGGAGAAAAGGCUAAGCAGCAGCUCUGAGCACCUGCCCCCAAGACCGCCUCCGCCUACCCCCAAACUCCGACCCGGUUCAAAUGCCUCUGGGCAGACAGCUGUUGCCAGCGGCUUGGAGGCUCGCCGCGACUCUCUCUUCUGUCCUGAUGAGCUUGACUCGCUCUUCUCCUACUUUGACACUUCCUCCAAGCUCAGGAGCAUAAAAAGUGCAGACAGUGGCAUCCAAAACAGUGCUGAUGGAAGCAGGGAAAUGCUGGCCACCACCCCCUCCAAUAACAGCCUGGCAGAUGCAGAUGCUGCUGAGUCUCCGCCCAUGCCCAUGCCUGCCACGCUGCCUCCUCCGUCACCCUGCAAGGAGGUGGUUUUCUAUGAGCCAAAGGAGUACAGCCCAGGCCUGCAGCUCUACUGGGCGUCAUGUGCCCGCAGCCUGCCGGACAUGGCAGAGGCACUGGCCCAUGGAGCUGAGGUCAACUGGGUCAAUACAGAGGACGACAAGAGGACGCCGCUCAUCAUGGCGGUGCAGGGGGGCUCACUGGUCACCUGUGAGUUUUUGCUUCAAAAUUCAGCUAAUGUGAACCAGCAGGACGCUCAGGGCCGGGGACCCCUCCACCACGCAACCAUGCUGGGUCACACAGGGCAAGUGUGUUUGUUCUUAAAACGAGGAGCAAAUCAAAAUGCUGCAGACAUUGAUGAGAAAACACCCCUGACCAUAGCGGUGGAAGCAGCCAACGCAGACAUUGUCACACUGUUGCGACUGGCGAAGAUGAACGAGGAGAUGCGAGAGGCGGAAGGGCCCUACAGCCAGUCAGGAGAUGAAACCUACCAGGACAUCUUCCAGGACUUCACCCACAUGGCCUCCAAUGACCCGGACAAGCUGAACCGCUACCAGCAGUACGACCCGCAGCGACCCUGACACUGCAUGAACACUGUCUGCUAGCACUUAAAAAGAUGCCGUCUCAACUCAACCCGAGAGAGACAAGGUAACAUCUGCCUCCACCCGGAAAGCAACAGAAUUCGGAAACAUCUGCAUUAAAGCUGGUUAGUGCCACCAUGGCUGGACACGUCACCAUAUCUUACACGACCAAUGCUCCCUUUCAUCAUAUUAAUUGUGUGAUUACAGCCCCUUCUUGAAAAGUACAAGCUUUUCACUCAUGUGAAGGGGAACUUCUGUGAACGGAAAACCUCACUGUUAAAACUUUUUUUAAAACUGUGCUUCCUAAUAGGACCUAUUACAAUAAGUGAAUGGUACAGUGUUAAAGCCUUUGGAAGGAUUUGCAGAGUCAUUUAAAAAAAAAAAAAAACAUAAUUGAACUCGGUUUGAAUGUAGAGCUGCCGACAAGGCUGUCAGUUAAGUGUAAUCUUUAAUGUCACACUUCCUGACAAAAGACUUUUUUUUUUUAACAUAAAAAAGAAGUGUGCUGCAUCAGUGUAAAGAGAGGUAAGUGCAUGACAGACUGUUUAAUACUCCACUUCAAUUUUUAAGUGCUUCCUCUUUUCAGUAGGAUUCUCUUUAUGAGCAUAAACAUCUUUUUGUAUCAAAGUUUUGUUUUAUGAACUCCCUGCAGCGUAUACAUGGCAAUAUGCUUUUUACUCAUUUGCACAAAUCCCUUUGUCUUAAAUCGCCACUGAUGUUUACCAGUUUUGAUGGUAAGACUUUGACGUGUUAAACAAUGUACAGUGUUUAUCGAAGUAAACAUCUUUUUUGUUGAAUAGAUCAUAGUUUUGUUUGUCAGGUUUUUUUUCAUUUAGAUUUUUUAAAUGCUUGUUUUUUUUUUAAACAUUUUCCUCUGAAUGAUUUUAAUUUCCCAUGUUUGCACCACAUCAGUACUUGUGGUAUGUGUCAGUGCAGCAAUCCGCAAUCAGCUUCCUGAUUUUGUGGAAUUAAAAUAGCUUCAGUCAUCUGAGGUGAUAGUUAAUUUGCUGAUUCAGUCUCAUGCUGAUAUGAGAUUAAAAAGUUAUUGAAAAGUUAUUAUUAUUGAGUAUAUAUGUGGACAUUUUAGUCUCGUUGAUUUUAGAAUUGUCGAUAACGGUUUAUUUUUACAGGUUCAUAAUUUCAUAACAAUUUUCACUGAGAUUUCCUGGAAGAAACUGUGUAAUUUAGUAAUAAUUACAGGGAAUAUAUGAUUUCUUCCAUCUAAACCCAAAUAAAUGUUCAUUUAUUAUUGGUAACUUAAAGUUACAAUCCUGAAGCUUUCAGCCUUGGUUGAUUUGGCGAUAUCUGUAGUUACAGCAGUGACAGAAAGUGCAGUUUUAUACGAAAGCAACUCUUCAUCUAACAGCUCAGUGUGGCUGUUCCUACUUGUUUCAUUACAAAAUAGUCUGCUGACAAAAAAAUAUUAAGAAUGACUGUUUUGUUUUGUAGAUGCAUUUUUUGAUAAACACAAAUGUUGGUGACAAAUACAGUGUUUCCUGUGACUGCCUCACAAAAAAGCCAACUUGUGUUUGCCCAGUUUGAUGCUUUUAAUGUGAAGUGGCAGCAGCAGAAAAUGUUCAACAAAGUUUAGUGAGGCUGACAUUAGUGAGAUGAAAUUAAAACUGUAACCCUGGAUUACAUGCUGCAUCAUUUAAUGGCUAUAGUGGAAAAAAUAACAACCAUAAAUAGAAUCAAAUAUUGAGUUUUAUUUCAAAAAUCACAACAUUCAUAUUUUUAACUCAGCAGACAAAUCAGCUGACCGUCUGUGCACUGACUAAAAUACUUUCUCCAGACAAAUAAUUGGAAUGAAUGAACACUAUUUCUAGCAUUAGUAGCAAACUUCCUAAGACAUCACAAAGAAAUUAUUAGUAAAUUAUGGAUACAAAAAUACCAUGAGUUGUGAAGCCACUGUCAUUGAACUAUUAAAGAAACAUUUUCACUUACAGAGUCACUCUUUAUGACCUAGUUUAGACACUAUUAGGCACCUUCACCGAAAUGUUCAAGAUCAGAUAUGAAUUCUGCAAAUUUCAUGAUAGAAGUUUUGUAAUGUACUGUAGAAGCUGUUAGUUUCCUCUGUCAAAACAGUAAAAUCUUCACUGCUUUUUAACAUUUACAGUAUAUAGCAAGACAUGAUAUCUGCUUCAGAGGAAACCUUUGGCUGAUGCAACAUGGGAUACAAUUCUUGUACAUUUUGUACAGAUGCUUUUGAAUUCUACAGAGAAUUGAAGUAUAAAGUUAGAGGUACUUGAAUCAUUAAAUAAGCUUUUGUACAUGCUGUUCUUUGUAUCCUUCUGUAAUUUUAGCCCAUUUUAUAUUGCCUGUCUGUAUACCAAUAUACAUGUACUGUAUAUUCUACCUGUAAUAUGUAAGGACUUCAAUACAUAUGGACUGAGGAUUCAUCA